UGCAAUAUCUACAGUCUCUUCAUAGAAAUGGCCGGGAAUCACUUUUGUUCAUGUCCUCUACCUGGCGAAUGGAUGAAGGGCAAAGUUAUUGGAUCAGGAUCAUUUGGAAAUGUCCAUAUAGCCAUGAACAAGGCUACUGGUGCACUUUUUGUUGUGAAAUCUGCAGUGUCUUGUCCUGGACUUCAAUCUCUAGAGAAUGAGGCUACCAUUCUUGAAGGCCUGAGUUCCCCAUUCAUUGUUCAAUGCAUGGGAAAGGAGUUAUCAAAGGACUCAAAUGGUGAUCGUAAAAUCAGCAUAUUCAUGGAGUACAUGGCUAGUGGUAGUUUGUCUGACGUGGCAGAGAAAUUCGGUGGAGCAUUGGACGAAGAAGUGAUCCGGUUAUACACCCGACAGAUUCUAUGCGGUUUGAAGUACCUUCACGAGAAUGGGAUCGUGCAUUGUGAUCUCAAGUGCAAAAAUGUGCUUUUAGGCUCCUCAGGGCAUGUAAAACUGACAGAUUUUGGAUGUGCAAAGAAGCUUAAAGACAUGAAAAAUAAGAGGGGGUUAGAAGGGUCUUGGCAAUCUGUUGGAGGGACUCCUUUGUGGAUGGCUCCUGAAGUUUUGAGAAAUGAAGGGUUGGAUUAUGCUUCAGAUAUUUGGUCCCUGGGAUGCACAGUGAUUGAAAUGGCCACUGGCAGGCCGCCUUGGAGUGAUGAGGUUUCGAAUCCAGUAGCAGCUAUUUUGAAGAUUGCAUGUAGCAACCAAAUGCCUCGUUUUCCAUCACACUUUUCAAGGGAAGGGUUGGAUUUCUUGGACAAAUGCUUGGAAAGACAUCCAAAAUGGAGGUGGACAGCAGAAGAAUUGCUUGAACAUCCAUUUAUUUCAGGAAAAUCAGUCAGUAAUUCCAGAAUAGAUGGAUCAUGUUCACCCUCAAGCAUUUUAGAUAUCAGUGGCAUGUACGAUUGUGAUUAUGAUUCAGAUGAACCAGGGAGUUUCAAUGAGGAUGAGUCCCUUCACAUUAACCGAUUUUCCACAAGACAUUGUAUUCAAAGAAAGGGAACGGACAGCAGGCAGCAGGCGGAAAUUGACUUGGAACCAUUGGAUAAUUGGAUUACUGUUAGAUCUGCUGGACAAUUUUAAUCUGUAUCAUAAUACAUCAAUAAGCCAGAAGUUUACCAAGGCCAAGGUGUUAGUUUAUCUUUUUGGUAAAAAAUGUUGUACAGAUUUUCAUUUCUUAAAUCAUAUUGCACAGAUUGUAGGAGAAAACAAAAUCAUGAUAAUAGCAAAAACUCUUUAGUCCCAAUUACUACAAUUUAGGAUGAUCACAACAAAUUAACUUGCACUCGGAUCGUCCAAUCUGGUUUUUGUCAAGAAACGUUGAGUAAUCGAUGUCAGUUCGUCUCAGGAAAAAUCUGUUACAACAGUUAGUUUCAUUUGCUCUGCCGUAAAUCAAGCUAUCAUUCCUCUGCGAGACUGCCGUAAAUCUAACGGCAAUAAAACUUUUAAAUUGAUAUUUUGGUCUGGGUCUGUUACUGAAUGGCCCCUUUGGACCAGAAGAGAAAGAGCUCAUCAAAGUCAAAUGAUGGUUUUUCUUUGAUUGAGUUAAUCUGGGGCUAAUGUUUUCAUUUGACCCUGCUGUGACGGGCUCUUCAGCCCAAAUUUAAUUUUAAUUGGGCCUUCUCAUUAUCCAGUUUUGGCGAAUUUUAGUUUGUGUUUUUUCUUUUGAAGCAACUGUAUAAUUUGAAUCUUUCAUUGACAACUCAUUCUAAUUUUUUUUUUCCAGCUUUUUCCAUCUAAUUCAAUUAAUUAGCAAAUAAAACUCAUUUUAAGCAUAUUUUAAUAUAGCAUGCAAUGACAAUCCAACUAACUCCGAAUAAUUCAUAAACAUUUGUAUAACUUUCUGAUUAGAAACUGGCCAAUUAUUGGACUUGUGAAGCAUCAAUGUACGCACGUCUUCUCAAUUAUAACUUUAAUUUUCAAAUAAUGUACUUGACUUUCUUUCUUUCUGUCGGUUGCUCUCUAUCUCUUUCUCUGUCCGACAUUUCAUUCUUUAGCUAUUUGCUAAUGGAGAAACAAGUUGGUUUGGCUAGUUGGAAAGCUUUUCAAUGGAGUAACAAGAAGCUGUAUGUUGAACGUGGGAGAUGGCUGUAGGCCUUUAGUUCACAUCGCACGACAGGAAUAUGGACAAGCUGAACAACAAUAAUUUUUUGUUAUUUUGGUGGUUGUUAACGUGGUAAGAUGGUGACACGCAUUGAAUUGCAUGUGCAUAGC